AUGGGAUUAUCGCCUAAAAGCCUGGAGGGAGGCGUUGUCCCUUCUCCUUUAGAAGAGGACAUGAAGCCGAUACCGGGCCAAGUUGACGGUCUUCCCAAUUCAGAAACACAUCGUGGAUUGAGUUCUCGACAUGUUCAAUUCUUAGCUCUAGGUGGUUGUAUCGGGACUGGAUUGUUUGUUGGUAGUGGACAGUCAUUAUCCACCGUUGGUCCUGCUCCUUUGCUCAUGGGAUACAUCGCCAUGUCUACUGUCGUAUAUUUCAUUAUGAAUAUGCUAGGUGAAAUGACGACCUACCUGCCUGUGCGCGGCGUUUCCGUGCCGUACUUCAUAAGCCGGUUUACUGAACCAAGUCUGGGAUUUGCUAUUGGAUACAAUUACUGGUAUUCAUUUGCGAUGUUGACUGCAUCCGAAGUGACAGCCGCUGGCCUUGUUAUUCAAUAUUGGCCUUCGUCAGUCAGCGUCGGCGUAUGGAUUACAAUUGUACUUCUUGUUAUCCUGCUUCUCAAUAUUGUCGCCGUCUCUUGGUAUGGAGAAGCUGAGUUCUGGUUUGCUUCAUUGAAGAUCAUCGCUAUCAUCGGUCUCAUCAUUCUCGGCGUAAUUCUGUUCUUCGGUGGAGGCCCCAACCAUGACAGACUUGGAUUCCGGUAUUGGGAGCACCCUGGAGCCUUCGUCGAGCCAUAUCUCGUGCCAAAUGUCAACACUGGUCGAUUUCUGGCAUUCUGGACUGCGUUGAUCAAGUCCGGAUUCUCUUUCAUUUUCUCUCCGGAGCUAAUCACCACCGCUGCUGGUGAAGCUGUCUCACCACGCCGCAAUAUCCCCAAGGCAACCAAUCGGUUCAUCUACCGUCUGUUCGCAUUUUACGUCCUGGGUGCGCUGGUCAUUGGCGUGACUGUGGCCUAUAAUGAUAAGAGUCUGCUGCAGGGUGUUGCCAGUGGAGGAUCUGGCGCUGGCGCUAGUCCGUUCGUGGUCGGCAUUCAGAAUGCGGGGAUCAAAGGACUUAACCACGUUAUCAACGCGGCUAUUCUGAUCUCUGCGUGGUCAUCGGGAAACUCAUGGGUCUAUGCCGGAUCACGUACUUUGUACUCAAUGGCAUGUGAGGGCCAGGCACCUAAGAUCUUUGCCCGCUGCAAUAAGAAUGGUGUGCCUUACGUGGCUGUCCUGAUUACCUGGGCGAUCGGUCUAUUAUCUUAUUUGAACCUCUCCAACUCGGGCUCCAACGUCUUCUACUGGUUCACCAACAUCACCACGGUUGGAGGAUUUAUCUCUUGGGUUCUCGUGGGCGUCGCUUAUCUGCGCUUCCGCCGUGCUCUGGAGUUCCAUGGCCUGCUCGAUUCUCGACCUUUCAAAACGCCAUUCCAGCCAUGGGGUGCCUACUAUGCGAUUGUAGUGGUGUCGCUGCUCGCCAUCACUAAUGGAUAUACGAUAUUCUUCCCCGGUGCAUUCACAGCUUCGGGGUUCCUUGUGUCGUAUGUUGUGUUCGCCAUAUUCUUCGCGUUAUAUUUCGGCCACAAGAUCUGGUAUCGUACACCAUGGAUGGUGCCAGCAGCGGAUAUCGAUAUAUUUUCCGGGAAAGAUGAGAUUGAUCGGCUGUGUGAAGAGGAGGUGGAGAAGUUACCGCGUAACUGGCUGGAAAGGGUUUGGUGGUGGAUUGCAUAG